AUGGAAGAUGACCGCAUUGCUUCAGAUAUAGGCUAUCCUAAACUUGUUAAACAUAGGAGCGCUCGUUUCACAGAAGCUGAAGACACUCUUCUGAAAGAACUUAUUAAAGAUAAAAAGAACAAAACAUGGAAAGAAAUCGCUUCGUUUUUCCCAGGUAGAACGGCUUGCCAAUGUCGAGAUAGAUAUAACCAAUACCUAUUUAAAGAAGUGGUCAAUAAACCAUGGACUGCAGAAGAAGAGCAAAUUAUUAUUGAAAAAUAUAAAAUAUUCGGUCCACACUGGGUUAAAAUAUCUCAUUUUCUUCCAGGAAGAAGUGGGAAUAAUAUUAAAAAUCAUUGGAAUGGCGCUUUGAAGCAAUUUCAUGGAAUUUCGCAUGAAGAAAUUAAGCAAGAAAGGAGAUCAAAGAAAGUGAAAUGGGAUGGAGUUGCUGAAAAUAACGCUGUUACAAUUUUGCCUUCUAUUGAUUCAACAAUAGUUCGAAGUUCCAUAAUUGAGCCACCCAAAAUGGAUUCGCCCAUCCCAAUACCUAUUAGCAAACCCAAUGUUACUGAUAUAGAGUUCACAAUGGGAGUUAAAAAUAUUAUUUUUUGUUAG